GGUGGGUCACUUUGCUCUGGUAUGUUUCCCAUAGUGGAGUGCAGUGACAACCUCUUCACCCAGAGGACUGGCGUGAUCACCAGCCCUGACUUCCCCAACCCUUACCCUAAGAGCUCCGAAUGCUUCUAUGCGAUCAGACUGGAGGAAGGUUUCAUGAUCAACUUGCAGUUUGAAGACAUUUUCGACAUUGAGGACCAUCCAGAGGUGCCUUGCCCCUAUGACUAUAUCAAGCAUAACAUCAUCAUGAAGUAACACCUGGAGUGAAGG